ACAAGAGAGAGACUGAGCUUUAAACAACAACAGCCAAAUAAGAAAUAAUGAAAGUCUCUCAUUUGAUUGUUUCUAGCGUUACUGCAACUGAGGGAAAUAAAGAGUUCUCACCAUCAAUUGCCAUAAUGCAUUCUGCUUUACAUUACCAAGUCCAGCUAGAGGGAUUUUUUAGCAAACAUACUAAAAUAUGGGAAUGCUUUUGUCUUUUCGUUGCUCUUUCCUCUUAGGUCUCAUCAAACUAAACUAUUAACACUUGUAGGUAUUAUUUCCCCUGCACUCCCAAGCUAGCAGGAAGAUUACAACACUGGGAGCCUUUUAGGUCACCAGUCCUGCUCCCCAGACACAUGCAGUAGGUAGGAACAUCCAUUCAAGCUGUUAAGCCUCAGAAGAUCAAGGUUACUAAGACAAUUUGGUAGCUGUAAGGAUUUUGAGUUAUGUUUACAAUUCUGCUGGGGCAAAUAGCUCUGCCCUCUCCUGGAAGCUGUGAAGCAUGGGCUUUAACUGUAAUUCCCCUGCACUCUUGAGUGUGACUGUGUCACGCUGGAGAAGGCUCUUCUGUGUUUUUAGGUCACUAAGAUUGCAGACCCAGGCUUUCAGGCACCCCCACAUUGGGCAAGGAUGGCUAUGGUUCCCUCCUAUUGCCAGUAAUAUGGUUAACCAUGCUUGUAUUUCACCUAUGUACAACUUCUACAACAAAGUCCAGUGCACUUGAUAGAUUUUAUAGUUUGCCUAAUCUGAAAUCUUCUCUGUUCCUACUGUCAAGCUAAUUAAAUCUCUUCCUGCAGUAACUUCCUAUUUCGGUUAGAAGAAACACAGAGGUUGUAUCUAUUGCUAUGUAUCCCUUGGAAAAGUAGAAUCAUUAUGCUUCCAUUUAAAUCAAAGAAUCUUUCACAGUAUUUUUCUGUUCAUUAUUCUUAACAACAAACAGCACAAUAUUGCAAUAAUCAGAGGUUCAUUAAAAUUUUGCUUUCACUACUUACGCAUGAGAGCUGUGCAUGUGUUGAAGCCACUCAAGACCUCAGCACUAUAAAUAGUGCUGUAUUGUUAGUGGAUAAAAGAUGAAACCAGUCUCCAGUCACUGGAGCACAGCAUGCCCUAUUAAAUGUUAAGCUCUGCCUGUGCUAAAAGUGAAAGGCAACAUGAACCGAUAAACUAGUCUGCGGGUAAGGCAUAUGACUGGGAAGAGUUUGCUGUGACUACAGCUUCCCCAAAGCUACAGGAGCAGCAACUUACCUUUCUGCCUCUGCGAUGGCGGAAGCUGUUAUAAGACACUGGGUGGAAACUCCUGUACGCUACCAAGAGCAGUUUGCGGUCCAAGAGCUGGAAGCACACAAACUGGACCACUCUUUAUACGCUUUGCCAGGUCCUUCUACAGCUGCACAGAGCAACAGAAGGUGUACUGCAGAAAGUACAGCUGAGGCUGGGAAGAGUGGCCAGGAGGAGGAAAACACAGGCUUCCAGGUCUUACUGGACGUUGUGCAGUUCCGCCCCGAAGAUAUCAUUAUUCAGACUUUUGAGGGCUGGCUCCUGAUCAAGGCUCAGCAUGGACCCAGGAUGGAUGAACAUGGUUUCAUAUCCAGAAGCUUUACCAGACAAUACAAGUUACCUGAUGGAGUGGAGAACAAAGACUUGUCUGCGCUAUUCUGCCAUGAUGGCAUUCUGGUUGUUGAAAUGAAGAACUCUGUGGGAAAGAAUUAGAAACUUGCCCAUAGUUUAUUGGUGAGAUAAAACCAUUCUUAAUAUAACAAAAUAAUAUAAUUCGAGCAAUGCUGUAGAGUGUAGUAAGCAUGUGGCUGUAUUUACACUGCAGUAAAUGAAAAUCUUUGUAUGUAUUUUUCAGUAUACUGAGUUCAUUGUUUGAUGUGAAGUGUCAGACUGCUUGCCUCCAGCAACAUAUGUGUUGGAAAGCCAGGCUUUUUGAACAGCAGAGAAUUUAAGCUCAUUACAGCAGGAGAAAAAGAAAUCUAUUUGAUAACAUAUUGAAAAUAAAACACAUUUAUGAGUUCAGUAGGAGGAGCUAUAUUUCUAAGGAAUAAGCUUUUGCCGUAUAUAGUCGUAAUGAUUAAAGAAGAAAUAGGCAGGGUUUUAGUCUUAUGGAAAUUUAAUCUAUGUACCAAAAAAUCUCUUUUCUAAUUUUUGAGAUGGACUUUUUCUUCCUUAGGGUCUGGAAAAGCAGACAAACUGAAGGAUACUAUCAGGGAAAAAAAACAACAACUAUUUCCGCAGUUCAAGCUUGUAUACAAAAAACCCAUGAGAGAUUACUUUUUAGAAGCGUGUUGCAUGUUUGAAA